AUGGAACAAAAAAAUAAGUUGCUUUUUUUUAAUAUAAUUGCUGUCUUUAUUUUUUUAAGUUGGGUAUACUAUUUUAACAAUGAUAACACAUUUAACAUAUCUUUGAAUGAAAACUGCAAACAUCGUAAAAAAUUAGGUACAAAAAUUUAUAGAUUACUUGCAAAAUAUAAACGGAAUAAGGAUUCAAGUGUUGUAUUUGUGAAAGUUAAGGUUCCAAUUAAUGAAGAAUAUGCAGAAAAAGAUGUAUUUAACAAGGAUGAAGUAUCAAGAAGAAAAAAUAAUCAGUUAGGUAAACAUAUAUCCAAUAAUAUCGGAGACUAUGAACUAUCUAAGAGAAAAAAUUCUUCUGUAUGCACAAGAAGAGAUUCACAUUUUGGAAAAAAAAUAUAUGACCAUAUAUAUUAUAAAAAUCAUGUUAAGUUUGCUACGAAUAAUGAUUUUAAGUUUUUAAAAAGUAGUAAAAAAAGAAAAAUAAAUAUGUUACUUGCUUUAUUUAUCAUAUAUCUACCCAUUGUAAUACUAAAUAUUGCUAUAUUUGAUUUUAGUAGUUGGUCAGUUAGAACAAUAUUUUCAGAGGGUUGGAAGAUAGCAAUAAUUAUAUUAAUAUAUAUAUUGCCUUUAGUGUUUAUGUCAUUGGCUAUUUUUAUCUGUAGGAAGGUUGAAAAAUAUGAUAAAAUGUUAUAUAUAAAAAGUAAAAUGUAUAAUAGGAAAUAUCGUCCUUUAACUAAUAUAAGUUUUUAA